ACAGCUUGUGGAGAAAAAUAAGUGUUAGACAGAUAAUCAGGCUUCCAAGAAACGUUUCUCAGAAUCUGUAAAAGAGAAAAAAAGGUGAAACCUGAUUCAAAGACAAGGAACUUUGAAUCCUUUUUAUACAUAUACAUGAAUUCAUAGAACUAGUAUUCAUUGAAGAAGAAGGAGAAGGUGAAUUUUGUGAGUGAUCUGGUCUAGCAGGGAAAAGUUAUGGCCCCAGUCGGAUUGCCUCCAGGUUUCAGGUUCCAUCCGACUGAUGAAGAGCUUGUCAAUUAUUAUCUCAAAAGGAAAGUUCAUGGCCUAGAGAUUGAACUUGACAUAAUUCCAGAAGUUGAUCUUUACAAAUGUGAACCUUGGGAAUUAGCAGAGAAAUCCUUUUUGCCAAGCAGAGAUCCAGAGUGGUAUUUUUUUGGACCAAGGGACAGGAAGUACCCCAAUGGAUUCAGAACAAAUAGAGCCACCAGAGCAGGAUAUUGGAAAUCCACCGGGAAAGAUCGGAGGGUGAGUAGCCAAAAUCGACCCAUUGGAAUGAAAAAGACAUUGGUAUACUAUCGGGGUCGAGCUCCACAGGGAAUCAGGACUGAUUGGGUGAUGCAUGAGUAUCGUCUUGAUGAUAAGGAGUGCGAGGAGACU